CAGUUAACAUAUUAUUGGCAAAGAGGUUGGUUGCGAUCGCGAAGAUAAGCGAAGUUUUCGUUUUCGAGAUAAAACGUGAUCAUAGAGUGCGUUGCAAAAAGGCCAAUCAAAAGGGAAAGCUAGAUACUGGAAAGAUGUUACUGUUGUAUGUGUUGCUCUUUCUACCUGUGCUCGUAUCACCAGCGCAGGGAUCGCAAUCGAUAAAGACAUUGGACCGAGAGAUGUUGCAGAAGAACAAAUCGAGAGACUCUUUAAAUCGGAUUGGUGAAAGCUUUCUGAAUGCUGUUGAUACACUUCUUCCUGUUUCAAAAUCGUAUGAUGAUGUGGAAGGGCGUAAGGAUAAGAAAUUUAAAUUGAAUAAGUAUGUUCUACCAUUGCUAGUUGGAUUUUUGUUAAUAAAAUCGAUUCUCCUGCCCAUCACGCUGAAGGCAUUGGCUGUUCUAAGUGGAAAAGCUGUUGUGCUAAGUUUAAUGAGUUUGAUAUUAGCAGCCAUAAUUGGAUUGAAAAAAGUUGCUCAGAAGGAAAGCGAUUAUGAAGUGAUCAACAAACAUAGACGACAGGAUGUAUAUGAUUUCGUGGACGACGUACAAGAAUUUGAACCUUACAGAUUUUAUAAAGAACGACGU